AGAAUUGGUCAUAACAGAAGUUAAAUAGUGAACCACUGUCUAGCAAUAUGAGAUCUUUGUGACCUGCUUUUCUUGGACUGUGAGUGAGGGCCCCGGACUAAAUAGGAACACAGAGAGCAGUAGUUGACAUGAUUACAAAACAGUUCUUGCACAUCACGUUUUUAUUUGUCUUUCACUCAUGUUGACACAUGAGCUGUGCCAACGAUGUUCACAGACAUACAGAAAUGUAUGCUUGCCACAGCCAUUAACCAACAUACACCAGUCUAUGAUCUUUGAAACCACUCUUCAGAAACCUAUGGGUGACAUCAUAGAGGCCACGUCUAUCCUUACAUACAGCCUAUGGUGCUAAAGGGCAAUCUGUCAGACCUGAGACUAAUGCUAUCCGGAAUGCACAUCAUAUAUAACGUAACAUUAGGAGAAAGGAGCUGUUCUAGCAAUGUACACAUCUCUCAAACACAAGCCAUCAUAAUAGUAUAGUGCCUACAGACAAAAGUCAAUAUCAGUUGAAAUGUAUGUUUUAUAUAUAUAUAUAUAUGUGUGUGUGUGUGCGUGUGUCUAUAUAUAUAUAUAUAUAUUUCUAUACAUACACACAUAGGCUAUAUACAUAUAAAUGAAUGUUAAAUGAACAAGUAAAACUGUUUGUGCAUUUCUACAAUUAAAUGAAGAGGAGGAAGAAAGGUAGAAGUUAAACAACAACAAAAAAAUAGUUCAAAGUCCAAGGUCUGAAGUCUCUUAGUUGUACAUCAUCCACAAUAUUAAUUUGGUGCACAGGCACAAAGGAGUAAGACCUAGACCAAGACUUGUUCCAGACUAGUGUAUCACAAGUAAAAGAAUGGCUGCUGUGGAAGAUAUUUUGCUGCAGUCCACCAAUACAACCAUUCUACUUGGCACAUUUGCGAUCCUGUUUAUUCUCUAUCUAUUCGCCCCCAGCUUUGGCCCUCAGAGAAAGGAGCCUCCAGGACCCUGGCCAUUGCCUCUGCUGGGUAAUUUGCUACAGUUGGAUCCUAAGUCACCUCACAGCACACUGUAUGAGCUCUACAAGAAGUACGGACCAGUAUUCACCGUCCACCUUGGAUCCAAAAAAGUGGUGAUGCUGGCCGGACACAGGACGAUCAAGGAGGCUCUGGUCAACAAUGAUGCAUUUACUGACAAAGAAAAUUUACCAAUUAUCAAUGACCUGAAAUUAGAACAUGGAAUUGUUUUUGCCAGUGGAGACUCAUGGAAAGAGAUGAGGCAGUUUGCAUUGACUAACCUAAAACAAUCUGGAAUGGGAAAGAGAGAAAAUGAAGAGAGAAUCAUAGAGGAGAGUCAAUACCUGAUUGAUGUGUUGAGACAAAAAGACGGUAAGGCCUUUGACACCACCAAGCCAGUGAGCUACGCUGUCUCCAAUAUUAUCUGCUCAUUUGUCUAUGGGAACCGAUUUGAUUAUGAUGACAAGAACUUCAGAUCUGCGGUGGACCAAGCUAAAAAGAACACCCAACUCAUGGGCUCCCCUUCAUUACACUUAUACAACAUCUUUCCAAGGCUGUUCAGAUGGCUUGGAGCCCGAAAGCAACUGAUGAAGGGUUCAUUUGCAAAUAGGAAAAAGAUGAGAGAGUUGAUCAAGGGUUUACAGGAGACCCUUAAUCCACAAAUGUGCAGAGGUUUCGUGGAUUGUUUUCUCGUCCGCAAGACACAGCUUGAGGCAUCUGGGAAUAUGAAUUCUCAUUAUUACGAAGACAACCUUUUGGUGUCUGUUGUCAACCUGUUUACUGCUGGCACUGACACUACAUCAUCUACUCUAAGAUAUGGCUUACUGCUCAUGGCCAAGUACCCAGAAAUACAAGAUCAGGUCCAGGUGGAGUUGGCCAGCGUGGUAGGAAGCCGUCAGGUCAGAGUAGAGGACAGAAAGAACCUGCCGUACACUGAUGCUGUCAUCCAUGAAAUACAGAGAUUCGCAAAUGUUACGCCUGUACUUGUACAUUGUGCCUCCCGAGAUGUCACCUUCCAGGGUUACUUCAUCAAGAAGGGGACUCCAGUGGCUAUUCUCCUGUCAUCUGCUCUUCAGGAUGAAGAUGAGUGGGAAAAGGCUUACACUUUUAACCCAGGCCAUUUUCUGGAUAAGGAAGGGAAUUUUAGAAAGAGGGAUGCUUUCCUACCAUUCUCUACAGGUUCAAGGUCUUGUAUUGGAGAGGGUCUGGCCAAGAUGGAGCUUUUCCUCUUCUUCACCUCUCUCCUCCAGCACUUUUGUUUCACUCCACCACCUGGAGUUACAGAGGAUGAACUGGACCUGACAGCAGUUGUGGGAUUCGCCCUCAGUCCUUCACCUCAUGAGCUCUGUGCUAUCAGCAGGUCUGACAAAGAUUAACAAUGUUGAACAACACUGCUAUCUCCCACUGAGAUGUUUGACAGUGAUUGGUCACUAAAAAGGAAGCAGGAAAUAAGAUGAACUGCAUGUUUAGUAAGCUUCAGCUGUAGACUGUCAAUAUGUUAAUCUCACUGUUUAAGUUAAAUACAUAACUUUAUCGCAUUUAAAUCAAAACUAUGACAAGGUAUCAUGGAACAUGUUUUAGUGGAAAACUUCUCCCGCACCACCAUACACACUGAAAUGGGAAUGUGCAUAACCAACUCUUUAUUAUUAUUUUUUUCAAUUAGCAUAGAGGUAUGAAAAGUAACAGUUCGUAAUGCCAGUCCUAGUGAUACAAAAUAGGUUGAUACAAAAUAAACAAGAACGGUUUUCACAAAAAAAUGACAAAGUACCUGCACAUAAUUUAUCAUUUUAUCUAAGAUCACUGCCAAAUCAUGACAUUUUUACCAAAGUCUUGUAAUCCCUUUAUGCUAUUGCUGUUUGUAUUGUCUUAAAAUGUAAUUUGGAAAUAAAUUAAUUUAAAAAAUG